AUGUUUUCCAAACAACAGCGAUUCGAAGGAAUCAAGAGGAAUUAUAGCCAAGAAGAUGUAGAGAAGCUGAGAGGCUCGCUGAAAAUCGAGUACACUCUGGCGAGGCGAGGUUCAAUAAAACUUUGGGACUACUUAACUCGUGGAGGAGACUCGUACAUUAAAGCUCUGGGAGCGCUUACCGGUAAGACGGAUUGAGAGGAAUUUAAAGAUUUAAAAUCACGGAUCCAGAAGUAAACAUAUCUUGACACAGAGUCCGACAGCUGCUCCAAGUUUUCCACGUGAAAGACCUUUUUUCCCUAGUGUGGUCAACAAUAAAAUAUGACGCGCAAUUCGGUUGGGCUGGAUUUUUUUAUCGUAUGCUGCAAAUGAGUCCACCCCGAGACUAAAAUGUUUAAUAAUUUUCACAAGUUUUUCGAAUUCUGCGGAUAAAAUUUGAUAGGAAACAGUUUUAAGGCCUCGUUAAUUGAUUUAUAGAGUCGAAUAAGUUGGAAAGCCUUUGGUACUACAUUUCCGCACAACCCCAUACGUUUAUUAUAUUAGUCUUAUGAAUUUAUGCUUACAUGUUUCGACUCUAUUCAUAUUCAAUAUUUGUGUGAAAUAAUAUGAAAUUGCUCCAUGCAUAAUAAAUUUUGGGGUCCCCAGAGAGUGAAAAAUGUCAUUUUAGGCCUGUAUAAUGCCUCCAGUCGAAACCGUUACCCAUGAAAAACUGGCGAUAGCGAUUUGCACUUGAGAAUUUCGGACUGAAAAGCCAGGAAACGUACAAACGAGCAUUCAAUUUCCACCUAUUUUUCAAACACAAUGACUGUUAUAUAAGACUGUUCUAGUAAGGCUUUAAACUGCUGUUUAUAAAAAAGGUAAAAUCCAAAAUCCAAGCCUUCGCCGAUCAACGGUAUCAUCAGGGAUGAGGAAAUAUUCCGCGCGCUAUAUAUAUGUAAAGAAGGUGUAGGAUGAAAUGUGUAAAAGAUAUGACGUAUGUAUGAAAGCUACUGUUAGAAAUAAACUGUGAAUGGAAAACAACCCUCUAAUGAUGGAAUGUCUCUAGACAAAGGACCUCUAAGAGCGCUUAAGAAUGGUCUCGAAAUACUAAUGACUGUUAUUGUAAAAACUUCAGUCCAAAGGUUUUACAGACAAAACGCGCCUAUGAUCAUUGCGCAGUGCAUGUAACUUUUGUUUCUUACGUAUUUUCAAAUAAGACUCAUUUUUAGAUCGUAGAUACUGUGUUAUUCUUUUCUAUAGGACCUAUAGUCUGACAACCAAAUAUAAAUUUCGGGUAAUGUAAAAUUUCUGGACUCGUUUCCAACAGGAGGGAAAAAUGAAACAGCUUAAGUAAACAGGAAGAUAAUCAGUUCAAUUUAUGUAUUCUUUCUUUUUUUGUCCUGCUUAGUUUUAAUAUGAUUAAACAAAAUUGUGAUUUCAGGCGGCCAGGCAGUGCAGAUGGCUAAAGCAGGCCUAAAAGCUAUAUACCUUAGUGGCUGGCAAGUUUCUGCUGAUUACAAUUUAGCUGCUCAGACCUAUCCCGACCUUGGCUUGUAUCCUGUUAAUUCAGCCCCGAGACUGGUGGAAGCCAUUAAUAAUGCUUUUAUCAGAGCUGACCAGAUUGCACACAUGGAAGGAACAGAGAGUCACAUUGACUACUUUUUGCCUAUUGUUGCUGAUUGCGAAGCUGGAUUUGGUGGGCCACUGAAUGCAUUUGAAAUAACGAAGUCUAUGGUAAUGGCAAGAUUUUUACUAUACUUAAGAUUCAUUCCACCCUGCAAUUAGUCUGAAAUGUCAGCCGUUUCCAUCUCCUAACCUGAGCCGGCAGAGGCCAGUCAGUCAAUCGGUACAAUUUCAUCAUGUAGACCACCAUAUAUUGUUAUUUCAAAUCACAGUAACUGUAUUACUUGCAACUGAAGAUGAUCGUGGAUCGAUCGAAACAUGCUUUAAAUUCAAUAUUUUUUCAGGAUUUUUUUAUUUUUCAACAGAUUGCUGCAGGAGCUUCAGCAGUUCACUUUGAAGACCAACUGGCUUCAGAAAAGAAGUGUAGUCACAUGGGAGGAAAGGUUCUGGUUCCGACUCAACAGUUCAUUAAGGUCCUUAAUGCCGCAAGACUGGCUGGUGAUGUUUUGGACAUUCCAAUAGUUAUUGUAGGACGCACAGAUGCUUACGCUGCGGCUCUUGUGACAUCCGAUAUAGACCCUUAUGACCGACCAUUCCUGACAGGGGAGAGAACUCCUGAAGGUUUCUUCUGUGCUAAGGCAGGGUUUGAUCAAGCCAUUGCUCGUGCCAUUGCCUAUGCGCCGUACUGCGAUGUGUUGUGGUGUGAAACAAAAAAGCCGAACUUAGAAGAAGCUCGCAGAUUUGCUGAAGCCAUCCAUGCUCGCUACCCUGGUAAAAUUCUGGCCUACAACUGCUCUCCCUCAUUCAACUGGAAAGCAAAUCUAAGCGAUGCUGAGAUUGCUGUUUUUCAAGAAGAAAUAGGAAAACUAGGUUAUCGAUUUCAGUUUGUCACUCUAGCUGGCUUUCACUCGUUAAACCAUGCCAUGUUCAAGCUUGCACGUGACUAUAGGGACAAUGGCAUGGCUGCGUACACUAAGAUCCAAGAAGAUGAGUUUGAGGAAGCUAAAAAUGGCUUCACUGCUCACAGACAUCAAAGAGAGGUGGGAACUGGCUACUUUGACCGUGUUUCUUUGGCAAUCAAUGGAGGAACAAGCUCAAUCACAGCAAUGAAGGGGUCUACUGAAGAAGAGCAAUUUACACAAAAACCUUCCUCUGCAAUGUAA